CCCGUCGGAUGUCAACUCGGCCGAGCAACCCCCGAGCGGAGACCCCGACCGACGCCAGCCGGGCCGAGACUUGACCCGGCGCGGCCCUGCUGCUCGCUGGAGCGGUCGAGGCAGCCCCGGGCCCGGGAGGCGAGGAGGGCCGGUGGGCCGAGUGCACGGGGGUGGCGAUCGCGACACUUCUCCGGGUCUUGUGUAUUCUCCAAGGCACCAUGAAUGCCAUUGUGGCUCUCUGUCACUUCUGUGAGCUCCACGGUCCUCGCACUCUGUUUUGUACAGAGGUUCUUCAUGCUCCACUUCCACAAGGGGCUGGGAAUGGGGACGUCCCUGGCCAGGGUGAGCAAGCCGAGGAGGAAGAAGGUGGCAUUCAGAUGAGCAGUCGGAUCCGUGCUCACAGUCCAGCAGAAGGGGCUAGUGCAGAGUCCAGCAGCCCAGGACCCAAAAAAUCGGAUAUGUGUGAGGGCUGCCGUUCACUUGCUGCUGGGCAUCCUGGGUAUAUUAGCCACGAUAAAGAGACUUCAAUUAAAUAUGUCAGUCACCAGCACCCCAACCACCCCCAGCUCUUUAGCAUUGUUCGCCAGGCAUGUGUCCGGAGCCUGAGCUGUGAGGUCUGUCCUGGCCGGGAAGGCCCCAUUUUCUUUGGGGAUGAGCAACAUGGUUUUGUCUUCAGCCACACCUUCUUCAUCAAAGACAGUUUAGCCAGAGGCUUCCAGCGCUGGUACAGCAUCAUUGCCAUCAUGAUGGACCGGAUUUACCUCAUCAACUCCUGGCCCUUCCUCUUGGGGAAGAUCCGUGGGAUCAUUGAUGAACUCCAAGGCAAGGCACUCAAGGUAUUUGAAGCAGAGCAGUUUGGAUGCCCACAGCGUGCUCAAAGGAUGAACACAGCCUUUACACCAUUCCUGCACCAAAGGAAUGGUAAUGCUGCCCGUUCGCUGACAUCCUUGACAAGUGAUGACAAUUUGUGGGCUUGCCUUCACACCUCUUUUGCCUGGCUCCUGAAGGCAUGUGGCAGCCGGCUGACAGAGAAGCUCCUGGAGGGUGCUCCCACUGAGGACACUCUAGUCCAGAUGGAAAAACUUGCAGAUUUAGAGGAAGAAUCAGAAAGCUGGGACAACUCAGAAGCUGAAGAGGAGGACAAAGCACCUAGCUUGCCAGAGGCUACAGAAGGACGAGAGCUUACCAAAUGCCCAACAGACUCUUCCUUGCUCUCAGACUGUGGAAAUUGGCAGACCCGAAAGCUGUCUGUCUUUAAGUCUCUUAGGCAUAUGAGGCAGGUCCUGGGUGCCCCAUCUUUUCGCAUGUUGGCUUGGCAUGUUCUCAUGGGAAACCAGGUGAUUUGGAAAAGUAGAGAUGCAGACCUUGUCCAGUCAGCUUUUGAUGUUCUUCGGACCAUGCUGCCAGUGGGCUGUGUCCGCAUCAUUCCCUACAGCAACCAAUAUGAGGAGGCCUACCGAUGCAACUUCCUGGGCCUCAGCCCCCAUGUGCCGAUCCCCCCACAUGUGCUCUCUUCAGAAUUUGCUGUUGUGGUGGAGGUCCACAUGGCCAUCCGCUCCAGCCUCCACCCCACUGGGUGUGAGGAUGACCAGUCUCUCAGCAAGUAUGAAUUUGUGGUGACCAGUGGAAGCCCAGUAGCUGCAGACCGAGUUGGGCCCACUAUCCUGAACAAAAUGGAAGCUGCUUUGACUAAUCAGAAUCUUUCUGUGGAUGUGGUGGACCAGUGCCUCAUCUGCCUGAAGGAGGAGUGGAUGAACAAAGUGAAGGUCCUUUUUAAAUUCACCAAAGUGGACAGUCGACCCAAAGAAGAUACGCAGAAGCUCCUGAGUAUUCUGGGUGCCUCUGAGGAGGACAAUGUCAAGCUGCUCAAAUUCUGGAUGACAGGCCUGAGCAAAACCUACAAGUCACACCUCAUGUCUACAGUUCGUAGCCCUACAGCUUCAGAGCCUCGAAACUGACCCAUAGUAGGAGCGUAUCCUAAUCACACUGCCUGGAAAGGGAAACACA